GUGAGAGAGACAGAGAGAGAGUAAGAGAGAGAGAGAGUAGAGUAGACAAGCUGAUCGAUAUGGCUUUGGGAAGAGGCAGUGCGAUGGCGGUGCUUGUGGUGUUUGUGCUGGUGGUGCUAAGCUCGGAGUGGGCCGAUGCGGCAACCUACACUGUUGGAGACAAACGUGGUUGGACGUUCAACGUUGCUGGGUGGCCGAAAGGAAAGACUUUCCGAGCCGGUGACACACUUGUUUUCAAUUAUGGGUCUGCUGCACACAAUGUUGUAGCUGUGAACAAAGUGGGGUACCAGAAAUGUAGCACAACUCCAGGAAAUGCCAGAGUGUAUCAGACUGGGAAUGAUAAAAUCAGACUUGCCAAAGGACAGAACUUCUUCAUCUGCAAUUUCCCUGGACACUGCCAAUCUGGAAUGCAAGUUGCCAUCACUGCAGUCUAGAGAUCGAUAAUCAUCUGGAAACAAAAGCUAGAGCUAAGCUAACAAUACCUGGCCUAUACUAGCUAGGAUUCAAUAUGUUAUCGAUCAUAUCCUACGUAUCUUAAUGUAUCCACUCUAUGUACUAAGCUGGAUAUAUGUGUGUUAAGGGUCGAUAUAUAGACUCAUUACUACUUUUGUGGAUGAAGAAAUAAUAUUGGGGGAGACGUAAUAUGAGAAUUAAGGAAAUGGUCUCUUUAGUGCAUAAUAUAUAUAUAUAUAGACACACAGUUUCUUUUAAAGCGGAACACCGUUUUAAAAUUAAAGUGUGGUGCUCUUUAUUUCGCUCGCUUUUAGGUC